AUGGGGGGGAGAAAGCAUCUCUUGGCCCACAGUGCCAGACAGACCUGGGUGAACAGUGCAGCCUGGGUCCUGCUGGAGAGUCCCGAGCCUUCCUCAUCUCUCUUCCUUCUCCAGCUGAAUAUCCUGGUGGACACAGGGAGCAGUAACUUUGCCGUGGGGGCUGCACCUCACCCCUUCCUCCGGAGGUACUACCAGCGGCAGCUGUCCAGCACCUACCGGGACCUGCGGAAGGGGGUGUACGUGCCCUACACCCAGGGCAAGUGGGAGGGGGAGCUGGGCACUGACCUCGUCACCAUUCCCCACGGCCCCAAUGUCACCGUCAGAGCUAACAUCGCUGCCAUCACAGAGUCGGACAAAUUCUUCAUCAAUGGCUCCAACUGGGAAGGGAUCCUGGGGCUGGCCUACGCUGAGAUCGCCCGGCCCGAUGACAGCCUGGAGCCCUUCUUUGACUCGUUGGUGAAGCAGACCCAGGUGCCCAACAUCUUCUCCCUCCAGCUUUGCGGGGCAGGCUUUCCGCUCAAUGAGACUGAGGCCCUGGCGUCCGUGGGAGGCAGCAUGAUCAUUGGCGGUAUCGACCACUCGCUGUAUGUGGGUGACAUCUGGUACACACCUAUCCGCAAGGAGUGGUACUACGAAGUCAUCAUCGUCAAGCUCGAGGUCAACGGGCAGGACUUGAACAUGGACUGCAAAGAGUACAACUACGACAAAAGCAUCGUGGACAGUGGGACCACCAACCUCAGGCUGCCAAAGAAAGUUUUUGAGGCUGCAGUGAAAUCCAUCAAAACAGCUUCUUCGACGGAGAAGUUCCCGGAUGGCUUCUGGCUGGGGGAGCAACUGGUUUGCUGGCAGGUCGGCACCACCCCCUGGCACAUCUUCCCUGUCCUGUCCCUCUACCUGAUGGGAGAGGCCACCAACCAGUCCUUUCGGAUCACCAUCCUACCCCAGGUCAGCAUUGUGGAGGACGUGGCCACCUCUCAGGACGACUGCUACAAGUUCGCCAUCUCUCAGUCCUCCACGGGCACCGUCAUGGGUGCCGUUAUCAUGGAGGGCUUCUAUGUGGUCUUCGACCGUGCCCGCAAGCGCAUCGGCUUUGCCGUCAGUGCCUGUCAUGUGCACGAUGAGUUUCGGAUGGCUGCAGUGGAGGGGCCUUACCUGCACUCCAAUAUGGAGGACUGCGGCUACAACAUCCCGCAGACGGACGAGUCCACCCUGAUGACCAUCGCCUACGUCAUGGCGGCCAUCUGCGCCCUGUUCAUGCUGCCGCUCUGCCUCAUGGUGUUUCAGUGGCGCUGCUUCCACUGCCUGCGGCGGGACCACGACGACUUUGCCGAUGACAUAUCCUUGCUGAAGUGACACCUAAGCGCGGGGGCAGCCCCAGGGCCUGCAGGUGAGGCAGCGGGGCAGGGGCAGGGAGAGGUGGGCCCUUUCUCCGUGGGCUGGAGCAUGAAGGCAGGGCAGUGGCGUGCAGAGCCCUCCUGGCCCUGGGGGACUCGGUGCCCUUUGGGGUAGCAGGACAAGAGUGACCCACUGCCAGGAGCCGAAUGCCAGCCCUGAGACCGGGCCUUCGUGUCCCCAUUGCCUAGGACAGCAUCUGGGCACCAGGACAGGGGGAACCACCAGCACCGGGGAGCAGAGAGAGAGCUGAUCUGAGCCGCAGGCUGGGAUCCCCUCUGUGUGCACCAGCGCUUUGCCCUCGUUCCUGACACCAGCCGUUGCUGACCCACAGCCUGCCGCAAGCAUGUGCAGCGCUUGCUUGCAGUCUGUGGGGCAGCAGCACGGGCAGGAGCAGCAGCGGGAGCCCCAGGCCUCAGCUGCUUUUGUCUAGGACCUACCGAAACAGCUUGGCCGUUUGGGGGUGACAGCUUGGCAACGCCAUCCUGCCUGCAGCCCUGGAGGGGCUGGGUGCGGUGUCUGCUGCUGUUCCCUUGCUGUCCUUCCCAGCCCUGCCAAGCCUGACAGAGUUAAACUGAUAAGCCAUCCCACAACUAUCCCUUUUCCCCCCUGCAUCCCUGUGUAUCUGCCCUUCUCUGCCUGCUCUGCAGGGAGGCUGCUGCCCAGGUUGUCCAUGUAGUGAUCUGUGCGUGUGUGCCCGUGUGCUGUGGCCGUGCCUGUCCCCGUGCAGCUCCCCUCCCCAGGACGCUGCGUGAACUGGACUCUAGAGCGUGCAUCUCCAGGGCCUCUUGUCCCCAGCCCUGGACUUUUGGGAGAGACCCACGCAGCGCCAACCUGGAGCUACCCAGGGACAUGAGAAGCCAGAGGCAAGGGCUUCCUUAGCAGAAGGAACGUGGCUCCGCUCCCACCCUCCUGCUCCCCUGCCUUCUGCUCUUCAUAACAUCCUCCCCCGGCUCUGCUCUCGCCCCCCACAAGGAACUGCCUCACCCCUGUUCUAGCGCCAAGCGGUGUUUGCCAUGGAGAAGCCCGUGGCUGCUGCCCUCCAGUCCCGAGGAAAACAGCCUCUCUGCUUUGGGACAUGGGGUCCCUCCCUUGCGCUUCGGGGUCCCUCAGGCCCGCAGGGGGAAUUGAGCAAGGAGCUUUCCCCUAUGAGCAGAGCACAGCCUGGUACAAGCAGAAACUGAGUGCCAGGCGAGAGCGAACUGCUGGCCCCCAGAGCCAGACCACGCCCCAGCCCGCUCGCCUUCUCGAAAGCCAUAGGGGAGCCAGCGCCAGGCCCUGCUGGCCCCCCCCUGCAGCUGCUGCCUUGCCUCACCAGCUGGAGCGAGUCCCACGGCGCGGGGCGCAACGGCUCCGCUUGCUCCACGACUCCUCGUGUCCUGGCGCCUGGCUGCAGAUACGACCGGACCCCGGCUCCUGUGCUCAAGGCGUGUGAGGCACCCUUUGCGGCUUGGGAGGAACAGGCUAGGGCAGGAGGUGGCUGUGGGGACUGCAGCAUUUCUUAUUUUUUAAACACAUGGUUGUAUUUAUUUAUUUUAUUUUAUUUUUUUUUACAAUAUGAGUCACUGGUAGUACAGCUGCGCAGAAUCAGAGCAUGUAUAUAGCAGGCCCCGUACUGCACACAGGUGUACAAAUAAUGGAUGCUUCUCACCUGUACAAUACAUACAUAUAUCUGUAGUUUUAAUUCUAGCCCUGAAAGCCACUGAUCCAAACCCAAUGUGAAAGGGUUUUGGUGAGGGUUUGGUUCUGGGUUUUUUUUAUUUUUUAUUUUUUAUAUUUUAAGCCCUCUGCUCAGUCCUAGUGCCUCGGCCACAACCCAAGCACAGGACUAGCUCAGCAACAGUAUGCUUGGAUGGAAGCACUUUAUGGAUCAUAGGUGAGCUGGAGUUUGUUUCAGUGGAUGUCUGUCUUGUAAUUGGUUUGGUGACAACGAUGGAGGCAUGCAGGAAGAGGGCACGGUCAGAUCACACAGAGCAGUGGUUCACAAGCCAAAAGGACAUAGAGCAGAGAAGGCUCUUGUGCCCCCAUCUUGUUCAUAAGCGAAGCGAGAAUUUUCCCCCUCCUUCCCCCAGUCACAGCUCCCCAGGCCUGCUCACACUGCCCCAGCCCCCGCGAGAGUGGCACUGACAGUCAUCGUCGCCCCUUCCCCAGGGCAGACUCUCAGGAUCCUGCAGGCAGCUGGUAAUGCUCUAUUUCCCUGUUUGUUCCACCUAGGAUUUUGACAUGGAAGUACUGUCAGGUUUUGUUCUAAACACUGAGAUUCACUAGUUAAAAAGGCAGCGUUCCUCUGUGAGCGAGGGACAGCGCUACCUGCAGGGCCUGGGCCUGAGCAGAGGUGGCAGCUGGCCAGCAGAUCUACACGCAAGAGCUGAGCAACCAUUUCAGGAGAGGACAGGUGCUAGGGGCUGGAGAGUUAAAGGUCUCCACUAGAAACCAAGCACAAAGCUUGUUAACAAAGUCCUUUAGUUAAAUAUUCCCUUGAGAAAGCAACAAGGGAGCCAGAGAGGGAGGCAGGGACACAUACUAUGUCAGAGAGCAUAGGUGGGCCAAGCCAGCCAUAGCAUUACGCCAAAAGCAGCCCAUUACACGUGCCCCAAGCUGUUCCACUUCACUACUGUGUUUGCAUAGCAUCCCGUUCCCCUGCCUUGCUCCACAACUGCAAUCAUCUAGCAGCUCGACUCCAGUGCAAGGGGGCAAAGUUACACAAUUGUAGAGUGCACACAGACCUCCACUCCUUCGUGCCUGCCCCGGGCCCUCCCCAGGAUCCGAGAGACAACGCUGUGGACCACUGCCUUAAAACAUGCCCAAGAGGCAUGCGUGCGCGUGUAGAAAGAUUCAGACUGUGGCCAAGUUCAGCCUUGCUGUGCACAGGCAGCGCUCACACUAACCACUGCCAAGGCGUAGGUGUUUCUAGCAGUGCUGGUUUUGUGCCACAGACUGCAAAAGAAAAGGAGAGAAAAAAAAAAAUCUACAGAGUAAGUGCAAGAUUUUAAAGUGGUGCUGAGCACCUCUUAAUCCCAUCAAAAUCCAUAGAGAAGGCGCUGGUGCAUCAGCCCAUGUUUAGGAGAAAGUACAGGAGAGGGGAAAAUGGGGAUUGCAAAAGGUUGGUUAUCCUGAGCUGCAGUGCAGCGAAAGUGUGUUCACUCCUAAGCACUCCCUCCCCAGGGCCCAGAGUCACAACAGGAAGCACCAGGUAAAGCAUGAGCAUAACUUUGCCCAGUGGGAGAAGGGAUGGGGAUGGUUACCCCCAGCUGCCGCUGUAGACUCCAGUACUCAGUACUCUGUAAGCUAAUGUCUAUGUAAGAACAAUGAAUGUUAACACAGUAAAUUAUUAUUAUAUUAAAAAACACAAAAAUUC